AUGCCACCUCGUUCAACAAUUGCCAUCCCACGAAGACGCGCUCCGCGAUACAAUCGUCAUGGCAACUACACGAAAAGGCAACUCGUUGUGGCUGCCGCUGCGCAGUCUCCGCCCAUAGUUGAAGCUCGCAGAGUGGCAGCAGUUCAAUCCGCACCUUCAUCCUCUUCACCUCCGGCAAUGAGUCAACGACGCAAUUCGUUCGAGGCUUUCGCUUCUCUUGAUGCAGCCAUUGCUGGAAUGGUGGACACGGUUCAUCAAAUGGCUCAGAUUAUGCAAAAUGUCCCAGGAGGAGCUCCGUGCCCGUCGACUUCGUCUAUUGAGCAGGCAGUUUUUCUCUCACAAACAUUUGACGCUGUACAGCCUCUAAUGGCGCGACUACAAGAGGAUGUUGCAAUGGGAAUGCAGCUUUUCGGCACGCCAGAAUUACCAUCUCGCGAGCUUCUCGUUGGCGCAGCCGCUCGUCUUGAAAAUUACGGCGAAAAUCUUCUCACGAAAUUUACAAACGACACAAUGCCGACAUCUUGGGUGGACAUGAAUCGAAGAUGGAAGGUCUUCUCGUUGUGCGAUAGACAUGUAAUGGGUUAUAUGCGAAUGCUGACCGCCCAAUCUCCGACGAGUCUGCCAAUAUUUCCCGCACGUCUACACACUGGCAACACCUAUGUGCUGCUCGGCGAGCAUGGAGCAUAUUUCAUUGGCGAAGAAUUUCUCUGCAGAGCACCAAUCCCGACACCGGGUGCCGGUCAUCAGAAUGUGAAUGCUGUUCAUCAAAAUGAAGGACUUUGGCAAGAAGCCUCAGACACCGACGAUGAGGAAAGUGACUAA